AUGGAAGAUAAAAAGGAGACCUUAUCAAGUGAAAUACUUCCUGAGAUAUAUAAAGGUAAAGGUAAUGCCUCCUUUCAAGAAGGUAACUAUUUGGAGGCUGUUGAAUACUAUUCAAUGGCAAUUAAUGCUUCAAUUUCAGCUACUAAUGCCUCUAAUGAAAAUUUACAUGUAUAUUAUUCAAAUCGUGCUUUAUGUAAUAUUCGUCUUGAAAAUUAUGGAUCAGCUAUUAUUGAUGCUGAAGCAAGUAUUGACUUAUGUCCAACAUAUUCGAAGGCUUAUUAUCGUAGAGGUGUUGCAUACCUUAACUUAUUUCGCUAUUCAUUAGCUAAAAAGGAUUUCCUAACUGUAUUGAGCUUGACUGAAAAUGAUAAGGAAGCUUAUGAUAAAGCUAUGAUGUGUACUAAAUUAAUAAAACAAGAAAAAUUCUUAAAUGCUAUUUCAACAGAUCGCUCUAAAAUGCUGUAUGAAACUAUAACGCUAGAUUCACAGCGAUUUGCUGUCCCUAAUGAUUAUGAUGGUCCAAGGUAUAUACAACAGUCAGAUAACCAAAUAAAGGAGUCUAAUUUAUCUUACACCGAAGAUACUACACACCCAAAAUUCGAAAAUCUGUCUAUGAAAGAAAACAAAUCUACAUGUCAAGCUACUAUAUCAAAUAUAACCUUAGAUAAUGGCUCUUUUUUAAAUGAAUUAAUUGACUAUAUUAAGAUCCCAGGAAAUAGACUCCAUAUAAAAUAUGCUUAUGCUAUUGUAUUAGAUGUAAUAAAAGUUUUGAAAGAAACAGCUCCCAAACCACUAGUUCAUAUUAAUUUAGGAAAGAAGGAGCAUAUUACUGUGUGUGGUGAUAUUCAUGGACAGUUUUAUGAUUUAUUAAAUAUUUUUGAUAUAAAUGGUUUACCUUCAGAAUCAAAUGGAUAUAUUUUCAAUGGUGACUUUGUUGAUCGUGGAUCAUUUUCAGUUGAGGUCAUUUUAGUCCUUUUUACAUUAAAAAUUAUGUUCCCUUACCAUGUUCACUUAGCAAGAGGCAAUCAUGAAACUAGGAAUUUGAAUAAAUUAUAUGGUUUUGAAGGUGAAAUAUUAGCUAAAUAUGAUUCAACACUUUAUGAUCUAAUAAGUGAAGCUUUUUGUUUUUUACCUUUAGUUCACAUAAUAAAUAAUAAGGUAUUUAUUGUACAUGGAGGUCUUUGUACAGAAGAUAAUGUUAAAUUAAAAGAUAUAGAACAACUUUACACAAAAUGUGAACCUGGUGAUUCUGGUAUUAUGUCUUCACUCUUGUGGUCUGAUCCACAUGAUAGAAAUGGACGUUCUCCAUCUCCAAGAGGUGUGGGAUGUAAUUUUGGACCAGAUAUAACUCAGAAAUUUUUACAAGAUAAUAAUCUUGAUUAUAUUAUUCGUAGUCAUGAAGUGAAGCAGGAAGGAUAUAGUGUAGAUCAUGAUGGAAAUUGUAUUACAGUUUUUUCCGCACCAAACUACUGUGACUCUAUGGGAAAUAAAGGAGCACUUGUUAAGAUACAUGAACAUGACUUAAAACCUAAUUUUGUUCAAUUCAGUGCUGCUCCUCAUCCACCUGUACCUGCAAUGAAAUAUGCAAACCCUAUGUUGUCAUAUAGUAUGUAA